AUGUCUUCAAGCUUCUGGAGCUCGUCGCACUGUCAUCAUUGGCUCGUCACUCGUUCAUCCGUCGCGGCCGCCAGAUCAAUCGACCUUCGAUAUGCCACCCCUCGUCAAAUCUACUGUCUGGGCAUAUGGUUCGCCAACCUCAUACAAAAGCUCGGAAAGAAACUCGCCCUUCGACAGAUCCCAAUAGCUACAGCUACCAUAUUCUUUCGUCGUUUUUAUCUCAAGAACAGUUAUUGUGAGACAAAUCCGUAUCUCGUCCUGGCCGCUUGCUGCUUUGUCGCUGCCAAAGUUGAGGAAACUCCGGUGCAUAUUAAGACGGUGGUGAGCGAAGCCAAACUGAUGUUUCAAGAAAACAAUAUAAAGCUCUUCCCUGCGGACCCACACAAACUGGGAGAAAUGGAAUUUUAUCUACUAGAAGAUCUCGAUUUCCACUUGGUGAUCUUUCAUCCAUAUCGUGCUCUUUGGUCAAUGACAGGACGAGAACCCGCCGAUUCUGGGAAAUUUCCACAAUCUCGAGUGGAAGAAGAUCAAGAAAUCAAAAAACGUGAAGCUGAUGCGAAGAAGAAGAGGGAUGAGGAGAUCCGAAAGGCAGGUCCUGGAGCGGCGACUCGGGUCAUUGAUGAGGUGGUGGAAGAAGAAGAGGAAGAACGUAUUCGAAGACUUAUGGGAAGAGGAAGUGGAGAGGGUUUAAUAGAGAUUAACGAAGGGGCUAUGCAAAUUUGUCAAUUCAUGUUGAACGAUACAUAUCGGACCGAAGUUCAUCUUCUAUACCCGCCAUAUAUCAUCGCAUUGGCCGUUAUUUGCAUCGCGCUCGGUCUUGCAACUGUCAGCAAUCCUGCACAGAGCAAAACACGGUCUUCCUCCACCCAACAAAACACCCUGGCUCAAUCUACAUCAAUCAGUGAAAGUCUAGGUAUCCGUCCUCCUUCUACUGAAGCUGCAGGAUUUCUCGCCUCUUUCAACGUCUCGUUACCUGUCUUACUUGCCUGUGUACAAGAUAUCAUCGUUCUGUAUCCCAUUUGGGAGACUUUCGAACCUUCGGCCGCUCGAAACCAGCCACAAGGGCCUUUGGCAGCUGCUACUGCUGCUGUACAAAAGGAUAAACUGGAGGUAGAGGGAGAAGACAAGUUCGGUCCGGAAGAAGCGGAGGCCUUGGUUAGAAGGAUGAUAGAAGAGAGAGUUGUGGAUGUUGGACACCCCGAUGAUGCAGGGGUGGGUACGAUGCCAAAGCUCAGUGGGAAAAAGCGAGGGAGGCAAUGA